AUGACGAUCAACGACGGUGUUGCGACGUACAGCUCUAAUGACAGCUACGGAGGCAUCGUUAAUGAUGCUAUUCCUAAUGGUAUCAAUCAAACAGAUCAAGUGAGCCCAGUUGAUGGCACAAGCAGACAAGAUAUCUCUCCGAAAAAGACCGACAAAAUUGCAGCUCCCGAGCCGAUUGCUAUUGUGGGCAUGGCCAUGCGCCUUCCAGGAGGCGUUAACAGUGCCACUGAUUUCUGGAGCUUGUUGAUGGAUAAGCGCAACGGGUGCAUACGUGUCCCAGAAGACCGUUAUAAUGUGGACGCGUUCUACAGCGAGAGUGGAAAGCCAGGGACAGUUCGUACGCAGUAUGGAAACUUCUUGCAGGAUAACAUCAAGCAUUUUGACGCAUCAUUCUUCUCUAUGACUCGUUCAGAGACUGAAAAGCUUGAUCCACAGGCCAGGCUACUUCUCGAAGUGAGUAGAGAAGUGCUUGAGAACGCUGGAGAGACGCAAUGGCGAGGCCAACGCAUUGGUUGCUAUGUCGGUGUUUUCGGAGAGGACUGGCAGGAUAUCCACCUGAAGGAUAGUCAGGAUGCGGGGAUGUACCGGGUUACAGGAUAUGGUGAUUUCCUAUUAGCCAAUCGCAUCUCUUAUGAAUACGAUAUGAAAGGACCCAGCGCAACUAUCAAGACGGGCUGUUCCUCGUCGCUCAUUUGUCUGCAUAUGGCAUGCAAAGCAAUUGCAAACAACGAGUGUGAUGGUGCCAUCGUUGCUGGUACCAACUUGAUCAUGUCGCCAACUAUAACAAUCGCCAUGUCCGAGCAAGGUGUGCUGUCACCGGAUGCAGCUUGUAAGACAUUUGAUGCAAGAGCAAACGGCUAUGCCAGAGGAGAAGCAAUCAACGCAGUUUACAUCAAACGACUCUGCGACGCGAUCAGAGAUGGGAAUCCAAUUCAAGCAGUGAUCCGAGCUACGGCUAGCAACUGUGAUGGCAGAACACCGGGAAUCUCGCAUCCAAGCUCCGAGAGCCACGAAGUCUUGAUGCGGGCUGCUUAUACUGCGGCUGGCCUCAAUGAUUACUCUGGUAUGGGAUUCGUGGAGUGUCAUGGGACAGGGACGUCAAUUGGCGACCCCUUGGAAGCGCAAGCUGUAGCCAACGUCUUUGGAGAGCGAGGAGUGUAUGUUGGAUCGUGUAAACCCAAUGUCGGCCACUCUGAGGGUGCAUCUGGGAUUACAGGAGUCAUCAAGGGCGUACUUGCUUUGCAGCACAAGACCAUUCCCCCGAACAUUUAUUUCCGAACACCAAAUCCUAAGAUCCCGUUCGAUAAGCUGAAAGUUCCAACGGACGCUAUCCCCUGGCCGAAAAGCUGCGCGGAGAGAGUCUGCGUCAAUUCUUUCGGCUUAGGUGGUGCAAAUGCGACUGUCAUUCUCGAUUCCGCUGCAUCUCAUGGCUUGCAAACACAAACAGUUCUUUCUCGGAAAAAAGAAGAGCUCCUCGUCUUCUCGGCAAAUCAUACCGACUCACUGGAGCAACUGGUUGCAAACUCGAAGGAAUUCCUUGAAACGAAUCCAGACGCAACGGCUGACCUGGCGUACACUCUCGGUGCCCGCCGAGAGCAUCUGCCAUUUCGCAAAUUCUUGAUUACCGGCGAUAGAAUCACCGAGGGACCCACUGGAGUAAAACCAAGCUGCGAACAGACAAUCAACUUUGUGUUUACUGGCCAAGGCGCCCAGUGGGUUGGAAUGGGCAGGGAGCUACUACGUGCGUAUCCCUCCGUCCGAGAGGAUAUCAGACAACUCGAUAGUACCCUCCAGCGACUUCCAGAUGGCCCGUCUUGGUUGAUUGAAAAGGAGCUUCUCACGACGGAACCUUCCACUGAUGACGAGAAUUUUGCCAACAAGAUGGCCAUGCGGUUUGGAAAGGCGGAAUUCGCGCAGCCACUUUGUACGGCUGUGCAAAUUGUCAUCAUCAAUCUUCUCAAAGCUUGGGGAAUUACUCCGAGUGCCGUUGUUGGUCACUCCAGUGGAGAGAUUGCGGCUGCGUAUGCUGCAAAUGCCAUCACUCAAGAGGAGGCAAUCAUUGCUGCAUUUUAUCGGGGCUUGUGUGUGAAGUUACAGACGAAGCGGGGUGGUAUGGCAGCCGUUGGGCUUGGACAGGAUGACAUCAAACACUUCUUGAUCGACGGCGUGGUUGUGGCCUGCGAGAAUAGCCCCAGCAGUGUCACAAUAUCCGGCGACGUAGAACCAGUGGAGAAAGUCCUUGAACAGAUCAAAUAUGAAUUGCCGGGCACUUUUACCAGGGUUUUGAAGGUCGAGGUGGCGUAUCAUUCCCAGCUUUAUGACACAGAUCACAUGGCGGAGGUCGGACGUGAAUAUCAGGCUGCAAUCGAGGAUUUGAUUGACGCAAAGAAACCCGAGAUCAAAUUCUUCUCCAGCGUCACUGGAGAGCUGGUUAAUGCAAAUGGAUCAUUGGGCCCUGCUUAUUGGCGAGCAAAUUUGGAGUCAACAGUGCGGUUCUCUAGAGCAGUCAUGACUCUGCUGAAGGGUAGCUCAGGAGAUCAGAUUUUCCUUGAAAUUGGUCCACAUGCUGCUCUUCAGGGUCCGCUUCGCCAGAUCCUCAAAUCGUGCGACGCUCGGACUUUGAACUACUAUACCGCAUUAGUUCGCAACACCAGCGCCACUCUGAGCAUUUUGCAAUGUGUUGGGCAACUCUAUGUCCGAGGAUUACCGAUUGACUUCAAAAGCAUGGCCCCAGGUAGGGUUCUCACAGACUUGAGGCCAUAUCCUUGGCACCACGAACUUGAAUACUGGGACGAAAGCCGUAUUUCCAAAGAUUGGCGUUUUCGCAAGUAUUGCCACCAUGAAAUUCUGGGAAGCCGAAUCAGCGAUGGCUCUGACCUGGAGCCAACGUGGAGAAACCUGCUCAGAAUGGAGGAGUGCUCCUGGAUUCGUGACCAUCAAGUUUCCUCUGACAUAAUUUUCCCUGGAGCAGGGUAUAUUGCCAUGGCUGGUGAAGCCAUUCGGCAGCUGACUAGCGCUGAAGACUUCACAGUCCGCGAGGUAACCCUUGCUUCGGCUAUGGUAAUCAGCGAGUCACAAAACACUGAGCUUAUAACCUCGCUGAGGCCUCUUCGUCUGACCAACUCCCUCGACUCUGUUUGGUACGAGUUCUCUAUCACAUCCUACAAUGGUGCUUCCUGGACCAAGCACUGUUUCGGCCAGGUGCGUCCCGGUCCGGAGUAUGACUUGAAACCCCCAGGACAUCAAGCGCUGCCCAGAAAUGUCUCAUCCGCAAAAUGGUAUCAAACCAUGCGAAGCAUUGGGCUCAAAUACGGGCCCAGAUUCCAGGGACUGGAUGAGAUCUCUACAGGAACGAAUCAGAUGGUCGCGAAUGCUUCAUUGUCAAAUGAGCUGCACGCCGAUGAAGGCUUUUACGCGAUGCACCCGUCUACCAUUGAUAUGUGCAUUCAGCUUUUCAGCGCCGCUGCUACCUAUGGUCAGCCACGCCGGCUUAGAUUGCUUUCGGUGCCCAGUGCGAUUGAGAGCCUCUAUAUCGCACGACCUGAGAGCAGGAUAAACAUAACCGUCGAGGCGUCGACAACUCCUAGGGGCUUAAUCACAGGUAAUGGAGCUGGAACAUCAAACGGAAAGGUCGUAUUUGAGAUCAAGGGGCUUCAGUUGCAUCCACUAGAAGACAGCGAUGACCUUCGUGGUUCAGAUCCCCAUGCGGCAUGUCACAUUUAUUGGAAGCCAGAUAUUGACUUCCUUAACCCUGUUGACCUCAUCCGACCAGCGAAUGCGGGAAGUCAACGCCAGUGGUACCUCCCUGUGGAGAAGCUAGCACUCUUGUGCACGAUUGAGAGUUACAACGAGCUGAAAUCCGUUCAACCAUCGGAAAGACAUCUCAUCAAAUACCAAUCCUGGUUGGAGCGAGAAUCUAUUCGCGCAACAAGAGGUGACAAUGUGCUAGUUGAAGAACCGCAGACUCUUGUUGCCCUGAGAUCUGAUGAGCGACUUGCUGAAAUCACACGUCUCACAGAGCAAGUUCUUCAGACACCAACAAGAGUUGCUGCCAUCGCAAUUCGAAGAAUUUUCGAUGCUGCGAAGGACAUCUUUGAAGGAAAAGUCAAUUCCUUGGAAUUGUUGCUCACAGACGAUGUCCUCACCCAGUUGUAUAACUUGGGAGACCGGUGGCACCACGCGGAUUUCUUCAAGUCGCACUGCCAUGCAAAACCUUGGCUAAGGAUCUUGGAAAUAGGCGCUGGCACCGGAAGUACCACAGCCACAAUUCUUGACAGCCUUUCAUCUCACGGAGAACGAAUGUAUGGCUUGUAUUCGUACACAGAUAUUUCCGCGGGCUUCUUCAUUGAGGCAAAUGAUCGCUUUGCCAAUUACUCCAAUAUCGAGUAUUCCGUGUUAGAUAUUACCCAGGACCCAGCAGACCAAGGCUUUGAGGUUGCCUCCUACGACGUUAUAAUUGCGAACAACGUUCUUCAUGCGACACCUAACAUUCGUGAGACGCUAACCAAUGUGAAGAGACUUCUUCGCUCCGACGGCUUUUUGUUCCUCGAUGAAUUGUGCUCUACUGCAAACUGGUUGAACUACAUCAUGGGCACGCUAUCCGGAUGGUGGCUGGGUGAAGCUGAUGGACGCUCCUGGGAGCCGUAUGUUAGUCCUGAGAGAUGGGCACAAGAGUUGGCAGCUGUGGGAUUUAGCGAGCCAUCCAUUUUCUAUGAUGAUGAGGCUCCAUAUCAGGCCAACGCUCUCAUUGUCUCACGUAUCAAGCCAGUUGAGGAGACACAAACUCCAAACCUUAUCUCACUACUCUGCGAUAGCUCCACUCAGCUUCCCCUUGUCGCCGAAAUAGAGAACAAACUGACAAGGUCGGGCUACAUGGUCGAGCAUUCUACACUGAAGGAUCCGCCGAAACCAGGGCAGGACAUUGUCUCUGUGCUGGACUUGCAGGAACCUUUCCUUGAGAGGAUAUCUGAGCAGCGUUUCAACGAUCUGGUGCAAUUUUUCCACGCUUUAGAUGCAGAAUCCGGUGUCCUAUGGCUGACUAGAGCGGUGCAAGUAAACUGCAAGGACCCGAGAUGGGCGCAGUCGCUUGGCUUCACGCGCACCAUUCGCAACGAACUCGCAGUGGACGUGGCCACCCUAGAGCUUGACACCCUAGAGUGCGAAGCCAGUGGGGCAGUGAAAAACGUGUUGAAGAAGUUCCAGCGUCGUACGAAGACUGAUGGCUAUGACACCGACUAUGAGUGGGUUCUCGAUAGCGGGAAGAUUCACCUUGGGCGGUUCCGCUGGUUCUCCGUUAAUGAUGGGCUUCGUCGCACCAGAUCUGACAGUCAACUCCCCAAAAGACUUGAAAUUACCAAGCGAGGCUUCCUUGGAACCCUUAGAUGGGUGCAGCAUCCCAUACAAGCCUUGGUUGAUGAUCUGGUUGAGGUCGAGGUCCGCGCUGUGGGCAUGAAUUUCAAGCGCACUAUAGGUGAAAAUUAUCUAAUUCCCGUGCAGGAUGUACUUAUCGCGCAGGGAAUCGUCGACGGACACCCGAGCGAGGGCAGUGGCCUCGGCUGCGAAUGCGCUGGUGUCAUUCGCCGAGUUGGGCCCAAAGUGCAGAACCUUACGGUAGGGGACAGAGUCAUGGUAUUUGCCGGUGGAUCUUAUUCGACCUCACUGGUUACAAAAUCGUCACUCUGCGCCAGAAUCCCCCCCCAAUUAUCAUUCGAGGAAGCUGCCACAAUGCCCUGUGUCUACAGCACGAUGAUUCGUUCCAUAAUCCACCUUGGCAGGCUGCGUAAGGGACAGGCAAGCUUCUCCUUUCUUCUGUUCCGAUUCGAUCCACCUCGUUUGCCAACAUCAACUGACUUGCCUCAGAUUUAUGCAACGGUGGGAACCGAAGAAAAGACGCAAUACCUGGUGGAUACUUACGGCAUCCCUCGAAGUCACAUAUUCAACUCUCGUAAUGCGACCUUUCUGCCCAACGUUCUUCAAGCCACCAACGGACGCGGCGUUGACCUUGUGAUCAACUCGCUUUCGGGCGAACUACUACACGCAUCAUGGAAGUGCGUUGCAGCAUACGGAUCAAUGGUGGAGAUUGGCAAGCGUGAUUUCAUCGGCCGUGGCAGGCUGAACAUGGACAGCUUCGAAGCAAACCGAGCCUUCUUCGGCGUUGACUUUGCCCAGAUCUGUGCCGAGAGACCCGAUAUUGCCCAAGACAUCUUGGGGGAAUGUGUUCAAUACUACAUCGCCGGAUCCAUUCGCCCUAUCACCCCAGUGACGUACUUUCCUGCUGACAGAAUCCAAGAGGCGUUCCGCUUUAUGCAGAAAGGGUCUCACAUUGGCAAGAUUGUCAUUACUAUGCCCGAGGACUCAAAUUCUUUGUCCACAUUAGGGAGGCAGGAAAAUCUGGCUUUGCGACCAGAUGCUUCUUACCUACUCGUUGGCGGCCUGGGCGGUCUCGGUCGUGCCGUAUCCACCUGGCUAGUUGAGAACGGUGCCAAUAACCUGGUCUAUUUGUCGCGCUCUGCUGGUCAAUCCAUUCAAGACAGGCAGUUCUUUCUGGAGCUUCAAGACCAGGGCUGCUCUGUUCAAGCAUUCUCGGGUGAUGUCUCCGUUCUUGGUGACGUCGAGCGCACGAUUCAGGGUGCGCGAUUCCCAGUCGCAGGAAUUCUUCAGAUGUCGAUGGUGUUGAAGGACAAAAAACUGGACCAGAUGUGCCUCAGUGACUGGGGGGCCGCCAUCAAGCCCAAAGUCAACGGAACCUGGAAUCUUCACGAAGCGACCAAGUCGAGUCCAUUGGACUUCAUGGUACUGUUCAGUUCAUUCUCUGGUAUAAUGGGCCAACGUGGGCAAGCCAAUUACGCUUCAGCAAACACUUUCCUAGAUGCUUUCGUGCAAUAUCGCCAUGCUAAUGGCUUGCCAGCAUCGGUCCUGGACAUUGGUCCAAUCGAAGAUAUUGGCUAUGUCAGUGCAAAUAAAAAGGUCCUCGAUCAGUUCAAGGCGACAAAUAUCCAUGUCCUGCGAGAAAUCGAUCUCCUUGAAUCUCUGCACCUGGCCAUUCUCUCCUCCUCACCAGUCUCCUGUGAGGAUGGCUUCGUCAAUAAAAGCCAAAUCGCCAUCGGCCUUCGAAUGACUGUACCAUCACAAGCGCCAAACAACCGUCAGAGAUACACACUACUCCUCACCUUCAAGCUAAGCAUGAGCCGCGAAAAAGAUGCAUUUGGAAACGUGAUCGACGUACAGCAAUCUACCGUCGAAGAAUCAACAGACUCCGGCUCAGCAGAUGGAGGACUGCGUCAAUUCCUCGCCGACGCGGCAGCCAAUCCGGCCAUCCUCAACGAACCCAACAGUGCCAUAUUUCUCACGAAAGAACUGGGGAAGACGCUGUACGGAUUUCUGCAGAUCUCAGAGGAGGAAAUCGACAUCUCCCGGUCCAUCUCCAUCAUGGGUGUGGACUCGCUUGUGGCCAUCGAGCUACGUAACUGGUGCCGACACAAGAUGGGAGUGGAGAUUACGGUGCUGGAGAUUCUCGACUUGCCGAAUCUAGAGGCCUUCGGGCGUUCUGUUGCGCAGCGUCUCUACUCGAAGUACGGAGGCGGCGAAGGGCAUGUCCGUGAUUCAUUCCUGACUAUGAAAGCACCAUGA